AUGGCAACCAACGGUCACGCCAACGGCGCAUCAUAUUCGCCCCUGCUUGAGACGAACCGAAUCUUCUCCGAUCUUUGCGCACAGUCCGAGCGCUUAAACCUACCGCCACAGGUGCAGGCCAACAAAGACAAUGUUUCAUUCUCUUCAAGCCAUAAUGAAAUCUACUUCCCAAUUCCUUUCAAAGAGACCGAGACCUUGGCGGCGUUGAAGGGUAUUGAGGGUUCCGUGGCGGGUGCAAUUGCGGAUCUGCGGUUCGGACAGGCUGCCCAGCCGCGCAAUGUUCAAGUGAGCCUUGAAGGCGCAACGGCAUUCGGAUGUCAGGCAUACAUGGCGAAAAUUGAUGGAUUGUCCAAAUUGGAUCCUAAUGUCAAGUCCAAAUUGAAGGAUACUGAUCUUUUGGCGGCUCAGUCGAACGGGUACCGUCGCAUGUCGGCUAACCUAUACAAAACUAAGACUCCUGGCGAAUAUUACCAUAUUCACGGUUCUUUAGAGGCUACUACAACCCUCAACAUGAUUGGUCUUGAGGGCCACCGUCCAGACUUGACCGAUUAUGAGGACAUUAUCAAGGUCAUCGAGGAGAAGGUGCAGAAGUAUACUGUUUCCGAGCUGGAGGCAAUGAAUAAGGAGAGACGCCAGGCUGGUGUCCCAGCGCUCAAGUACGAUGAUUUUAUCAAGACUCCUCACGGCAAAUUGAACGUCCAAGAGCCUGCAUGGAAGGUGGACAAGCUGCCUGGAGAUCUUCCCCCUACUCCCUUCCCUGCUAGCCAGCCGGGAAGCAAGAAGAUUCUCCAGGGCAUCAAAGUCCUCGAAAUGUGCCGCAUCAUCGCAGGGCCGACAGUUACCCGUAUCCUCGCCGAGUACGGCGCCGACGUCCUAAAGAUCACCAGCCCCAAUCUCUCUGAUGUGCCUUUCUUCCAAGUGGACGGCAACAUGGGCAAGCAUGCAGCCGAUCUUGAUUUGAAGACCGAGGCCGGGCGCCAGGAGUUUGAGAAGCUCGUUGCUGAUGCCGAUGUCAUUGUUGACGGAUACCGGCCCGGUGCUCUCGAGAAGCUGGGAUACGGUCCCAAGGCUAUGGCCGCGCUCGCCGAGAAGCGCGGAAAGGGUAUCGUUUACGUGAACGAGAACUGCUUUGGUUACGAAGGCGAGUGGGCCGGACGAGCGGGAUGGCAGCAGAUUGCCGACUGUGUGACUGGUGUUGCCUGGGCUCAAGGUCAAUUCAUGGGCCUCGACAACCCCGUUGUUCCCCCCUUCCCAAUCUCCGACUACGGCACAGGUUGCAUGGGCGCCAUCGCCGCCCUCUCUUGCCUCUAUCACCGCGCCAAAACCGGUGGCUCUUACCACGGAAAAGCCUCACUGAUGCACUAUGAUCUCCUCCUCUUCGCUGUCGGCCAGUACCCCGCCGAGGUACAGGAGAAGUUGCGGGCUGCCCAGCCAGCCGAUUUCUUCAAGCUGCGUCACUGCGAUAGCGUGGAUCGCAUUUCGUCAACUGUCCUCAGGGGCAUGCAGACCCGCUUCCCGCACUUGUAUAUGUCUGCCAGUGAGGUCUCGAAGGAGGGCCAGCAGGCGUUGACUGAGAGCUGGUUCUCGAAGGCGUAUAACACGGAUAUCGAGGUUGUGCGUCCCGUUGCUGUUGUUGAGGAUGUGGAUAAUCAGUUUGUGAGGGCAAGUCGUCCUAAUGGAGUGGAUCGGGCUAGUUGGGAGGACUUUAAGCAGGAUGGGGAGGGGGAUGUUAAGAAGUGUUGA